AUGGAGCCACCAAAAGGCUUCUGCUGUCAAAAGGCAAAAAAAUCACUAAUGCCAUGCUUAGAUUUUGUGACCGACAAAACCGAUAGCCCUUCAUUGGCUUGUUGCAAAGGAUUGGGUGAAGUGAAAGCUUCAGCACCAACAAAAGUUGAUCUUCGUGCUGCAUGCAAGUGCGUUCAGGAAGGAGCCACUCACGUUCCCAACAUGGACUAUGAUAAAGCCCAGCAACUUCCCAAACUAUGCAAGGUUGACAUCGGUUUUCCCAUAACCAAGGAUUUUGAUUGCAGCAAAAUCGCUUAA